GACAACAAACAACAUGUUGACAACAAGCAACAGGUUGACAACCAACAACAUGUCGACAACAAACAACAUGUUGACGACAAACAAUAUGUUGAAAACAAACAACAUGUUGACGACAAACAACAUGUUGACAACCAACAACAUGUUGACAACCAACAACAUGUUGACAACAAACAGCAUGUUGACAACAAACAACAUGUCGACAACAAACAACAUGUUGACAACCAACAACAUGUCGACAACAAACAACUUGUUGACAACCAACAACAUGUCGACAACAAACAACAUGUUGACGACAAACAA